AUGGCAACAGGAGGAGCGUUUCCAGUGCUGCGGCCCCACGUGGCCACGGACAUGGGCGCCUUUGCGUCUCCUUUCCCAUCCCAGCCGUUUCCCGCACCCCCUCACGGCAUACCCCACCAGUCCUCCUGGGCGCUGCCCCCGCCACCCCUCCUGAACCUGCCCUUCCCCGCCAGUGGCCCCCUGGAGCUGCCAUCCUUCCCCAGCAUCCCGCUGGUGGCAGGAGACGCUGGCCACGGCCCUGGGGGCCCCGGGACCUGCAACGUCAUUGUGCAGGUCGGGUCAGAACAGGGUUCAUUGGAGCCCCUCCAGACUCAGAACAUCGUCCUGACCCAGGCCCCCCCCACCUGGAACUCGGCGGGGGCACUCUGUGGGGGCGCUGCGUGUCCCACACCCGUGUUCUUGGCGGCCUCUGUGAUGGUACCCGGCGUACCCGCCUCGGCCUUUGGGGGCUCCCAGGUCGGCCAGGGAAUCUCAGCCCCAGGCCCUCUGGCUGCGGCUCUGCCACCAGCGGCUCCGCUAAGCGCCCUGGAGCACUUCGUAAACACCGGGCCGCUGCCCCCCGGGGCUGGCAGGGAGGGCAGCGGAGCCAGCAACCCGAGGGCUGCGUCGCCCAAGGACUCCUGUAACCCCAGGAGCGUUUAUGAGAACUUCAGGCGCUGGCAGCGCUUCAACUCCCUGGCCCGCAGGCACCUGCCACAGAGCCCCGACGCCGAAGCUCUGUCCUGCUUUCUCAUCCCGGUGCUGCGGACCCUGGCCCGCCUGAAGCCCACGAUGACGCUGGAGGAGGGCGUGUGGCGGGCCGUGCAGGAGUGGCAGACCAAAAGCAACUUCGACCGGCUUAUCUACUACGAGAUGGCAGGAAAGUUCAUGGAGUUUGAGGCGGAGGAGGAGAUAAAGAUUCAGAAGUUGCAGUGGGUGAAGGUGGCCCAGGGCCUGCCUCCUUCAGUCCCCCCGAAGCCUGAACUGCGGGGGCCCCCGGCCCCAGGGACGGCCCCACAGCCAGCGUGCAUUCCCAGGAAGGCGGGUUCCAGGGCCAAGCCAUCCCGCCGGCAGCCACACAGACCCCGGCGGCCCCGAGACAACAAGGCGCCCAAGGAGAUCCCCCCUGAGGCCGUGAGAGAGUACAUGGAGGUCAUGGACGGGCUGCUGGGACCUGCCCUCUCUGCCCCGGAGGGCCCAGUGGCUGAACGGGGAGAGGACGGAAAGGAGCCACAGUGGGACGAGGACCCGGGUCUCCUGAGCUACAUUGACCAGCUGUGUUCCCAGGAAGACUUCAUCACCAAGGUGGAGGCAGUCAUCCACCCUACGUUCCUGGCAGAAUUGCUUUCCUCGGAAACUCAGCUGGACCUUCAGGCCCUCGCUGAGAAACUGGAACAGGAGGAAGGAUUGAGCCUUGCAGAGCUAGUGGAGAAAAGACUGGCGGCCUUGAAGGUGGAGGCUGGCGUGCGGACCCCCCCACAUCACUGCACAGCCGGGUGGGGCUCCGGUCCUGAGUGUGAGGCAGGUGCCCAGCUUGGGGCGGGCGACGGAGCCUGCGCCCCGGAGACGGCCGGCCAGGAACCCCAGAGGCACAGCCGCGCGCACACGCACCUGUCGAGGCCCAGAGCCUUUGCUGGCUCCCCGAGACGACCAGAGCCCCCUGCGCCGUGGGACGCACGGCCCCCCUCCCCUCCCCAGGGUCAGAGGUGCGCCUCCCUUGGCCCCGGCUCCCGGGGAGCCCCCGUUCUCAGGGAGGCCCCUCCCUCCCGGGACCCUGGGGGGCCCGGGGUCGGCUCCAGUGAGGACGAGGAGCUGCCCAGCCUGGCCUUCCUCCUGGCCUUGCAGCACAGCCUGCUGCCCUGGGAGUUCUCCCAGAGUCCCACGCCCGACCGCCACCUCCCCAGCCCCGCACGGCGGAGGACCCCAUCUCCCCAGAGGAGAGGUCUGGGCCCCGCCGCUCCCCUGGCCCCCAAGUCCUGGAAGCGGGCUCUGUGGGGGGGCCCAGACCCUGCAGGGAAGACGCCCCUCCCUGGGGCCUACCUCAGGGGCUCUGGGCAGCCGGCCAAGGCCAAGGCCGUGGGGCCGCUUCACCCCUCACAGCCUCCAAAGAGAAGGUGUGACCCCUUUCCGAUGGGGAGCAGGAGGAAGCGCCACUGCAGCCAGUAG